AUGCAGUGCAGUUGGGUUGUGCUGUUGUUGCUCUCUGGGUCGCUGACGCUGCUGGCCAAGCUCAGUCACAGUCCGUGCAACGAAUCCGACGUGGCGAUAGCGCUCUCGCAGAUCAUCAAUGGCCUGCAGCCACGUCAAUUAGCCAUAUUGGCAUUGCCCAGCUCGCGGCUACUUAGUGGGGAUUGCGAGAAUGAUGACACCAUCCAAGUGGAUGACUUUAUACAGAGACUGCAUGAGCUAUACUACAAGUCUGUCAUAUUUUACGACACGGAGCUCUUCUUUGACUACAUUGAUGCCAAUCUGUUGGGCGCCAUCGAGUGCGUCAAUUUAAUAUUCCACGAACCGGAUGAGCUAUCGGCACGCAUACAGGAGCGGCGACUGGCCCAUCGGCUCAGUCUCUUCAUCUUCUAUUGGGGCGCCAGGCAGCCGCCAAAUGCGACGCGCCUCAGCUUCGAGGAGCCGAUGCGAGCGGUGGUCAUCACACGACCGCGUCACAAGGCAUUUCGCAUCUAUUACAAUCAGGCGGUGCCCACGGGUACCAGCCAGCUCCGCUUGGUCAACUGGUACGAUGGCGACAAUCUGGGCCUGCAAAAGACCCCGCUCCUGCCCAGCGCCGCUGCAGUCUAUGCGAAUUUUGAAAGUCGCGUUUUUCGUGUGCCUGUUUUUCACUCACCACCCUGGUUCUGGGUUAGCUACAACAACGACAGCAACAUUAGCAGCAGCAGUGAGGAGCCGUUGGAGGAGUACGAGAAUAUCGAGUACAAUGAAGUGAAUGUCACCGGCGGAAGAGAUCAUCGAUUGCUGAUGCUCCUGGCACAACAUAUGAACUUUCAGUUUGCCUACAUUGAGGCGCCGGGCAGAACCCAAGGAUCACUGCGUGCCAUGGAUGACAAUGGCGAGCUAAAUGAUAGCUUUACCGGUGGAAUAGGCAUGCUCCAGAGUGGCUUGGCCGACUUCUUUCUGGGUGAUGUUGGCCUCAGCUGGGAACGGCGCAAGGCAAUUGAAUUCUCAUUCUUUACGCUCGCCGACUCUGGUGCCUUUGCAACACAUGCGCCGAGACGCCUCAACGAGGCCCUGGCCAUUAUGCGUCCCUUUAAGCUGGACAUAUGGCCAUAUCUCAUCCUGACUAUUGUGUUCUCUGGCCCGAUAUUCUAUGGCAUCAUUGCCAUGCCCUACAAGUGGCGCAGCCGUCGCAUCGCCUUCGAUGUGGAGCACAUGGGCGAUCUGUGCAUCUAUAUGGCCUACAUCAAAGAGAUCACGCCCUGUGUGCUUAAGGUCAAGCGCUUGAGACGACCUCAACCAUCGGCACAGAUGCCGCCACAGCUUUUCCAGCGUUGCAUUUGGUUUACACUGCGCUUGUUCCUCAAGCAAUCAUGCCAUGAACUGUACCACGACUAUCGCGCCAAGUUCUUGACUAUUGUGUAUUGGAUCGCUGCCACCUAUGUGCUGGCCGAUGUCUACUCCGCCCAGCUGACCUCACAGUUUGCACGACCGGCACAUGAGGCACCGAUUAACACCUUGCAGCGUCUGCAGUCGGCCAUGUUGAGGGAUGGCUAUCGUUUGUACGUGGAAAAGGAGAGCAGCUCCUUGGAAAUGCUCGAGAAUGGCACUGAGCUGUUUCGGCAACUAUACGCCCUGAUGCGACAACAGCAGCCGGAUGAUCCACGCGCCUUUCUCAUUGACUCUGUGGAGGCGGGCAUUAAGCUGAUCACCGAUGGCCGGGAAAACAAGGCUGUGUUGGGCGGACGUGAGACCCUCUACUUCAAUAUACAGCAAUACGGCGCCAAGAACUUUCAGCUCAGUCAGAAGCUAUACACUCGCUAUUCCGCUGUGGCCGUGCAAAUCGGUUGCCCCUUCCUGGACAGUCUCAAUGAUGUCUUAAUGCAUUUGUUUGAGGGCGGCAUACUGGACAAGAUGACAACGGCUGAAUACGAGGCACAGUCUCGUAUGAUGACCAAGGAGCAGGCGCAGCAAUCGAAGGAGUUGGCUGCUGUGGAGAGUGCCCAAGCCAAUGCCAACACCAAGAGCAACGAGGCCAAGAACCAGCCACAGCACACACAGGACAAUGAGAUGAUUAGCGCUCUCAAUCUACGAAUGUUGCAAGGCGCCUUCAUCGCCCUCGGCGUGGGCUCGCUCACGGCAGCUCUAAUGCUCUUGCUGGAGCUCUUCUAUCGACGCCUGAAUCUGGCGCAGUCGCUGCGACGCUGCCGCCAACGUUGGCUGCGUCGCUGGCGACGCUUUAAGCGGAUGCUGCGUCACCUAACCGUGCGAAUCUUUGCUCUGAAUUGGGGUUGA